UAAAGAACGGGUGAAUAGAGGUGGUGUUUAGAUAACGCAUGAUAUGCACUUUAUAUGUGUAUGUAGAUUUAAAUAAACGUGCUGGAAUAUAGACUUUCGGAUUUUAAGAUUCAGAAACGAGGAACUUUAUUGAACAAGUUUUUUCCUCAUAUAUAAGGAUCAGUUUUCUUUUUAUUUUAUCUUAUUAUAAUUUUUUUUUAAUUCAGCAGUGCUGAGGUUUGAGCAUCAUGUUGGGGGUUUUGUGUUUACUCCUGAUGCUGUGGAGUUCAGAAAGUAGGCAAAUCACAGAAAGCCGAGAUGACAGCGUGUACGACCUCUUCGAGCUCUCCCAAGUGAAUAAAAAACACCACGGAGUGAGUCUGGUCAAGGGACCCGACCCCAACAGCCCCGCUUACAAAAUCCUUCACCCCAACCUGAUCCCCGCCAUCCCUGAGCCCUCCUUCAGGGACCUCAUCUACUCCAUCCAAGAGGAAAAAGGCUUUAUUUUCAUGGCCAACAUCAAGCAAGCCAAGAGGACCAGGGGUAGCCUGUUCAUUGUGGAAAGAAAGGAUGGCACAGGUCCCUUCUUUGAGAUCAUCUCCAAUGGAGAUGCCAAUACGGUAGACCUGAUUUACACCAUGCCAAACGGGCAGCACAUGAUCUCGAUCGAGGAUGCGAGGCUGGCCAGUGGGAGCUGGAUGAACAUCACUCUGUUUGUGCAGGAGGACCGCGCACAGCUCUACGUAGGUUGCGAGGAGAUAAACACCAGUGAACUAGAUGCACCUAUCCAUCACAUUUUGACACAAGAUGUUUCCGAUGUCGCAACCAUGAGGAUUGGGAAAGGAGCCGUGAACAACAGAUUUAUGGGAGUGCUCCAGAAUGUGCGCUUUGUCUUCAAAACCACUUUGGACACCAUCCUUCGUAACAUGGGGUGUGAUAGCUCUUCCUACAUAACAGACGUUGUGACUGGUUCCAGUCCUGCAAUUCGGACAGAUUACACUGGCCACAAGACCAAAGACCUUCAGGAUGUCUGUGGCUUCUCUUGUGAGGACUUGGCCAGCAUGUUUAAGGAGCUCAAGGGGCUUGGUGUGGUGGUGAAGAAGCUGUCGAAUGAGAUCCACCAAGUGACAGCACAAAGCAAUGAAUUAAAGGAAUACUUCAAAAUCUCCACUGGGGUGUGUAAGCACAAUGGUGUUAUUUACAAAGACAAAGACGAGUGGACAGUGGACAGCUGCACCCAUUGCACCUGCCAGAACUCUGCCAUUAUUUGCCGUGAAAUGUCCUGCCCACUCAUGCCGUGUGCCAAUGCCACUGUACCUGAUGGUGAAUGCUGCCCACGUUGUGGAACUCCGAAUGACAUGGCUGAGGAUGGCUGGUCACCCUGGUCCGAGUGGACCCACUGCUCGGUGACUUGUGGCCGUGGCAUUCAGCAGCGAGGGCGCUCCUGCGAUCGUAUCAACAGCAAUUGUGAGGGCACCUCAGUGCAGACCAGGGACUGUUACCUGCAGGAAUGUGACAAGCGCUUUAAGCAAGAUGGAGGCUGGAGCCACUGGUCUCCCUGGUCCUCAUGUUCAGUCACAUGUGGCAAGGGUGUUAUCACACGAAUCCGGCUUUGCAACUCACCUACCCCACAAAUGGGAGGCAAGGACUGCCAGGGAGAAGGAAGGCAGACAGAACCAUGCCAGAUGCCCUCAUGCCCAAUCAAUGGAGGAUGGGGGCCAUGGUCACCAUGGGACUCUUGCACUGUCACUUGUGGUGGAGGACUGCAGAAAAGACACCGCCUUUGUAACAGUCCUGUGCCUAAACAUAAUGGAAAAGAUUGCAUUGGUGAUUCCAGAAGCACCCGGUUAUGCAACUCUCAAGACUGUCCCAUUGAUGGCUGUCUCUCCAACCCUUGCUUUGGUGGUACCAAGUGCUCUAGCUUCCCUGAUGGCUCCUGGAAAUGUGGGGACUGUCCAGCUGGGUAUACUGGAGAUGGCAUCCACUGUGAGGACAUUGAUGAGUGCAAAUCUGUUCCUGAAGCCUGCUUUACACUCAAUGGAGUCCAUCGCUGUGAAAACACCAAUCCAGGCUAUAACUGCUUACCCUGUCCACCUCGCUACUCGGGAGCUCAGCCUUUCGGCAAAGGCAUUGAGCAGGCUAUGAGCAACAAACAGGUUUGUGAACCAAUGAACCCAUGCAGGGAUGGUAGCCAUGACUGUAACAGGAACGCCAACUGUAUUUACUUGGGUGUAUUUUCGGACAUCAUGUACCGUUGCGAGUGCAAACCUGGAUAUGCUGGUAAUGGCCACAUUUGUGGAGAAGACACUGACCUGGAUGGCUGGCCCAACACUAACCUCCACUGUGUAGAGAAUGCAACCUACCACUGCAAGCAGGACAACUGCCCUGACCUUCCUAACUCUGGGCAAGAGGACUACGACAAGGAUGGAACUGGGGAUGCUUGUGAUUAUGAUGAUGACAACGAUGGUAUCCCUGAUGAUAGGGACAACUGCCAGUUAGUGUUCAACCCGGGGCAGUACGACCAAGACCAGGAUGAGGUUGGAGACAGCUGCGAUAACUGCCCAUAUGACAGCAAUCAAGACCAAGCAGACACAGACAAAAAUGGAGAAGGCGAUGCAUGCGCAAUUGACAUUGAUGGUGACGGUAUUCUGAAUGAAAAGGACAACUGCCCAUAUGUGUACAACGUUGACCAGAGAGACAACGACUAUGAUGGGGUCGGAGACCAUUGUGACAACUGCCCAUUGGAGAAUAACCCUGAUCAGAUCGACUCUGAUUCAGACAAUGUGGGCGACAAGUGCGACAGCAACCAGGACAUCGAUGAUGAUGGUCAUCAGAACACUCUGGACAAUUGUCCAUACAUCCCUAAUGCCAACCAGGCUGACCAUGACAAGGACGGCAAGGGUGAUGCAUGUGACCAUGACGAUGACAAUGAUGGUGUCCCUGAUGAAAAAGACAAUUGCAGACUGGCUUUUAAUCCAGACCAGUUGGAUUCUGAUGGUGAUGGACGUGGUGACAUUUGCAAAGAUGACUUCGACCAAGACAAUGUUCCUGAUAUACUAGAUGUUUGCCCGGAGAACUUUGCAAUUAGCGAGACCGACUUUCGUAGGUUCCAAAUGGUUCCUCUGGACCCCACGGGAACCUCACAAAUUGAUCCCAACUGGGUGGUCCGCCAUCAAGGAAAAGAGCUUCUACAGACAGUCAACUGUGAUCCUGGCAUUGCUGUCGGCUAUGAUGAGUUUAAUGCUGUGGACUUCAGUGGAACCUUCUUCAUCAACACCGACCGAGACGACGAUUACGCCGGUUUUGUGUUUGGUUAUCAAUCAAGCUCCCGCUUCUACGUGGUAAUGUGGAAACAGAUCACACAGACCUACUGGUCCCAGACCCCUACAAAAGCUCAAGGUUACUCUGGAUUAUCCAUCAAAGUGGUGAACUCUACCACAGGUCCAGGAGAGUACCUCAGGAAUGCUUUGUGGCAUACCGGAGACACCCCAGGACAGGUACGCACUUUGUGGCAUGAUCCCAAGAAAAUUGGCUGGAAGGACUUCACUGCCUACAGAUGGCAACUGAUUCACAGACCUAAAACUGGACUUAUCAGAGUCAUCAUGUAUGAAGGCAAGAAAGUCAUGGCAGAUUCUGGACCUAUUAACGACAAGACAUAUGCUGGUGGAAGACUUGGCCUCUUUGUCUUCUCUCAAGAGAUGGUUUACUUUUCAGACCUCAAAUACGAAUGCAAAGAUGUAUAACAGGAUCACUGGGAGUUUCUUUGAAAAAGUGCCUACUAUUUUUGUCAUCAACCUAAUUAAAUGUGUAUUAUGGGACAAAGCCUUUGGAACUCUAUGUUAUUAUUGGACCAAGAUAUCAAAAGAAAAAGCUAGAAGGUCAUAUAACCUUCCGGCUGACAUCAGCUUAAUAAGGAAUCGUGUACCUGCAGAAAAAGCAGGUACAGCAUCAUCUCUACAUGAAACAGAAAGAAACUGUUAACACUUUCUGAACAGGUCUCCUGCUUUGAGGAUUAGAAAGGAAGGUAUAAUGAGGCAAAGACCUGCUGUGGACUAUAAACAAGAGAGGAAGAAUCCUCUCAUGAAAUGAAGAAAAGCAGUCUGAGCUCUAGGUGGGUCCAGGGUCCAGUGGAGGAACGGUAUUAAGGGGACAGUGCACCCAGAUAUGGGCUGUUACUUUAAUGAAAUGAGUGAUUUAUGUGUGUAUGUUUGUUAAAAGACCCCAGUUGAUGGCUAAAUGCCAACUGAAAAGCCACUUGCCUUUUUUCUAGAGGCAUUAAAUGAAUUCUGAUGUUCUCAGGGUUAAAAUGACCUUUGUCAUCAGUCUUUAGCAGCAGAGCAGUAGGUUCUAGAUUCUUAAAAAAGCUGUUUAUAGCCUAUCAAAGUAAGGGGUUAUUGUCUGUUACUAUGUAACAGGUAAAUAGAUGUAUGUUGUCAUAUUGUACUUAUGUAUAUUUUUGAAACCCUUGAAUUAUUUUAUUUUAUCUCAGUGCAAUUUACCACUUCAAAUGAUAAACCCAUUACAAACUUACUGGAUCUUUUAGGUAAAAUUGCUUCAUGUAUGAACUAGUACUAUUUACAUGGUUUGUAUCCAGAUUCAAUCAGAUGUGGAUGACUAUGUGUGAAUAGGUAUGCUCUGUAUUUUAAACACCAAAGAAGACCAAUACACAAAUAUUACCUCAUUGUUGUACAAUUAAAACCAAUCACAAAAGCAUUUAAUCUGCAGGAAUAUAUGCAGUACAAUCAGAUCAAAUUAAACUAUAGCAAUUUACAUCCUAACACCCCUUCCCCCAAACAGGGCAUACAUGGAUUCUUAAAUUAUGUUGUGCUUAAUGAGUGAAUGAAGCCUUUAUAAAUAAUAAGUUAUUGGUAAUUUUGUAUGUGAUUUAAGAAGUUAUUUCAUGUGUAUAGAUAUGUUCUAUUUAAAUAAUUUAUCAGGAGGUGUGACAUGACAUUGGAAGUGUUUGUCUGUAUAAACUGUUUGCACAGUGACUUAAGGAUGUUUUAUUGUCUUUUUUGUUGGUUGACCCCCUCCCCUUUUUUUGUACAAUGAUGGUUACUUUGUAUUUUAAUAUUUCAAGUUUUAUCCAUACAGUGAUGUUUUUACUCAUAUAUUUUGAAUGAACAAAUGAACAAUAAACAGUUUAAAAUAAAA